UCACAAUAAGACUGCACUUCGGGCAAUAAACAGUGUUUUGAUUUUUAUACUUGAUAAAUACUGACCUUGCAACAAUAUUAGUCUUUUGAAAUAUUUACUCUUUACUUUUGAACAGUGAUCAUACUUAUAAUUACUACACCUGAGGAUUUUACUGCAUACUUUAUUUUUUAUUAUUGAGUUAUUUGGUUAUAAUUCAAUUUUUAUUUAUGAAAUUGAAUUUCAAGAAAUACGAAAUAUUUUAAUCUGUAAUGGCUAUUUGUACGUACUUUCAACGCGGAAUGUGCCGCUUUGGGGACAAUUGCAAGAAUGAACAUAUUUCAUCAUCAUACAGGCCGGAAAGCAAAAUCAAUGAGAUAAGACUGGCAGUUGCAACCGAAUCUGAUACAGUUCUCAAUGGCAAGCAGUGGAUUCUAUCUUGUUUUGCACCUUUUCGUGAUAAAUUGGGAUUAAUAAUUCCCGAGUUUAUUGAUGACAUUUCACCAGAGGAAGUACGAUGGGAGUGUUACCAGGCUAAAGCAAAUGGGCUUCUUUCCCAAUAUACAGAAACAUUAGCUAAAAAAAUAGAAGAAGCAACAAGAAAUAUGCAAUUGCUGAAAACUGGUUCAGCUGAAGUGUUGAACUAUUUAUAUGAAUUAUAUAAUGGAAAUGGAAAUACAAAUUGCAAUAAUCCAUUCCAUACAAGUCAAGGUAUUGUCAAAAGUAAUAUGUUUACAAAAUCAUCUUUUGAGAAACCACAGAACAUCUUUGGAGGGGCACCAAGUUUUGGACAACCAAAUAUGUUUCAAUCUUCUACACAAAAUAAUCAAUUAUUCCAAAGCAGUGAGCAGAAUAUAUUUCAACAGGUUAACAAAGUACAAAAUUUGAUAAGUCAAACUCUUCCCCAACAUGAAAAUAGAUUCUCAACUCCAGUUAAUAAUGCAUUUCCUCCAACAUCAAAUGCAUUUAUAUUUCCUCUGCAGCGGUCGGUUGAAGCAAAUACAGCUUCUGGUAGCACCAUGUUUGGCCAAUGCGAAAAUGCUUUUGGAAUAACUUCUAAUCAAAAUAUUAUUAAUGUAUCAUUUGGGCAAACAUCUGGUACAAAUCAGCCUUUUGGUAAUACUGCCACUAGUUCAGUGAAGGAAGUUUUUGGUCAAUCUGCAGAUAUAGUUAAAAUGAACUCACCAUUCACACAAGCUAAUAAUGCUAAUAACAAUGCUUUUGGACAAUAUGUUGUUCAACCAGCAGAUAACACUUCAGGAGCAAUUUCUACUGACACUAGAACAAUCCAUGAACAAGGGGCCGCAUCGGAUUGUAAGAUAUUUGCUACAAAUUUAUUAGGAAAUGCUAGUAGUAUAUCAACUGAUACCAAGUCAAAAAAUAGCGAUAAUGUAUUCAUAACUAAUACACAAAAUAAUGAUAAUCCAUUUAUACAAGCACAACAAACAAAAAUGGGCUUUUUUUUUAAUUAUGAUAGCAAUUCAGAUGUGUUUAGUGAAUUUAAAAAUUUAACUGAUGGUGAUGUAGCUGCUUUUAAAGCUACUAAAUUUAUACUUGGCAAAAUUCCAACUAAACCACCACCUAAAGAGUUCUGUAUAGCACAAUUUUCUUUACGUUAGGUUUUUCUUUUUAAAUAUAAAUUAUACAUUAAGAUUCAUGUAAAUUAUUUAUAAUUCUGCAAAAGCAACUUAUAAUCAUUGGUAUUCAGUUUCAUUUUAUACACUGAACACUUGUUAUUAGUACAUGCACAUUGAAUG